ACUUCCCGCCGCCCGAGAGCCGAGCUGAGCAGGGCCGGGGGUGGGGGGACAGACGCCUGGGCUCCGUACGCUGUGAUGUGCAGUAGAUGGGAUUAACCCGCUCAGACAGCUCUGGGAAACGCUAAUAGUAGUAGCGGUAGUAGUGGAGGAGAGAAGGGAGGUUGUGGAGGAGGGGGGGAGCCCCGCGUAAAAGCUGCGCCGCACGUGGAAAACUUGCGCUGCUCCGUCCUCGGAGAAAACAAGCUCCCCCUUCCAAAAAAACAGACGCCAACAAACAGACCCGGGUCCAGACUCGCAGCAGCCGUCCGGAUCGACCUCUAGCUCUCCUCGCGCACAUGCCUGCUGUGUUGAUGUGGAGGAGAGGGGGUCAGCGGACCGGGGAGCAUGUUUGAAUCAUCUCGCUGAAAGUUGCAGGGGAAAACCAAUUCCAGCUGACCAUCUUUCUUGCUUUUUUUCUUGUUGUUGUUGUUUGUUUAGUUUUUUUUUCUUUUUUGUUGUUCUGCUUGGUGGAAGCCAAACUCAAUGGAGGGCCAAGCGGGCGAGCUGCACGCCAACGAGGACGUGCGCAAGAGCGGCUACCUCCGCAAGCAGAAGUCCAUGCACCGGCGCUACUUCGUGCUGCGCGCCGCCUCGGAGCGCGGUCCGGCCCGCCUGGAGUACUACGAGAGCGAGAAGAAGUUCCGCGGCAAGGCCCCCGUCCCGAAGAAGGCGGUGGCGCUGGAGACGUGCUUCAACAUCAACAAGCGGGCCGACUCCAAGAACAAGCAUAUGAUCGUGCUGUACACCCGGGCGGAGAGCUUCGUCGUGGCCGCGGAGAACGAGGAGGACCAGGACGAGUGGUUCCAGGCCAUGGUGGAGCUGCAGUGCAAAAGUAAAAAUCCUAUUGACAGUGCGAGUUCAGGGGACUAUGGAGCGCCAAAUCCAGGACCUGCAUUCAAAGAAGUUUGGCAGGUGAAGGUGUGGCCUAAAGGCCUGGGUCAGGCCAAGAACCUGGUGGGCAUCUAUCGCCUUUGCCUUACCGAAAAGACUGUAAACUUUGUGAAGCUGAACUCCGACGCAGCCGCUGUGGUGCUCCAGCUGAUGAACGUCAGGCGUUGUGGACAUUCAGAAAACUUUUUCUUUGUCGAGGUGGGACGCUCUGCUGUGACGGGCCCCGGCGAGUUUUGGAUGCAGGUUGAUGAUUCUGUGGUGGCCCAGAACAUGCAUGAAACUUUGCUAGAGGCCAUGAAAGCCCUGAGUGAGGAGUUUCGCCAGCGCACAAAGUCUCAGUCAAACUCUGGUCCUGGAGGAGGUGCCACAGCUUCCAAUCCUAUCAGUGUUCCUUCUCGCCGCCACCAUCCCAAUCCCCCUCCAAGCCAGGUGGGCUUCCUCCGCCGUCCCCGAACUGAGCCUACCUUAGGUGCUAAUGUGGGAGCUCCUUUAGGCAGUUCCAGUGCCUCUCCCACACCUCGGCACAGCUUCCCGAGGUCCCGCACCGCCAGUGAUGGAGGGAAAAGUGAAGAUGGGAUAGCAGGAUCCACUCCGCUACACGGUGUAAACACAAGUCCUUCUACCAAUGGCUCCUGCUCUACCACCCCAAUCCUCAGGUCAAAGUCAGCCCGCUCAGUCCCAACCACAGCUGCUAAAACUCCUUUUGGGUUGAUGCGUUCCAUUUCAACUCCAGCCCCAUCCCCAUCACCAGCCCCAAGUCUCUCGUCCAGCUCUGGGCAUGGAUCUGAGUUUGGAGGUAUCACAUCUGCUGGUCCUGUUCCAGGUUCUGGUGCUUAUACUCGUGUAGCCUCUCGUCAUACCUCAGUCUCGUGCUCACCCAGUGAUUACGGCUCCUCAGAUGAGUAUGGUUCCAGUCCUGGAGAUCACACGGUUCUACCCUCUCCAAGCCUGCCAGGAAGCUCUGUCAGCAGCACUGGCAGCCAGUGCCUUGGCGAGGAUGGAGCAAACUACAUCCUAAUGGGUCAACGAGGUGGGACCAGCAGUAGUGUCACCAACAGUAAUCAAGGCAACAUGAUGUCCAGCUCCCAGCCUGUGCCAGGAACACCAACUAAUGGCUCACUGCCCCAGACUAGGAGAGUACUUCGUCGAUCUUCUAGCCGUGAAAGUGAGGCUGAACGCAGGCUUCUGAGCAAGCGUGCAUCCUUGCCUCCUAUGGCCCUGGAAAGACUGGCCCCACACCAGCGCAGAGCUGAGGAACCUACAGAUGAAGAUUCAGCUGAUUAUGCCAUUAUGUCAAGGAGCACCAGUCGGGAGUUCUUUGCAUCUACCUGCUCAUCUAUUCAAAGGGAAUCAACCUUAGGCUCUUGUGUAGGGGGAGGAGGGUACCUGGAUGUAGCAGGAGAGUUAAAAACUGAUGGUGGUCCAGGAGCAGUUGCAGGUGUGGACAAUGGGUACAUGUCCAUGCUACCAGGAGUCACCCAGCCUCCUGUUUCCUCAUGUCAGACAAUGACUGUGUGUGUUCCAGAAUCAGAUUCCAAACCUGCUGAUGACUACAUGGCCAUGACCCCCAACAAUAGCGUGUCUCCCCCGCAGCAGAUUCGUCCCCUGCCGGUGUCUGACGGCUAUAUGAUAAUGUCGCCCAACAGCAGUUGCUCCCCUGACCAGCGUGGAAGCCUCUCUGAAGGUGCUUGGGUUGGCAGUGCCGAUAGCAGAGCUGGUAGCGACUACAUGAACAUGUCUCCUAUUAGUGCACCUUCUGUGAAUGGCAGUCCCCCUCAAAAUGAGCACACCUGCCAUUUAGAUACCAGUUUGCAACAGCCGCCUCCAAAGAUGGUGUAUUCCUAUUAUUCCCUUCCCAGAUCGUACAAACAUAAUCCCACUUCUGGGCUUUUUGAUGAUGGGCCCGGACGAGGUAGACGCCCCAAUGGGAACUGUAGCAGAGGAGGAGUUGGCAGCAGAAACUCAGGGGGGCAUCUAGAGCAGCCAACUGGCAGUUCAGGGACUGGACGGCACCAAUCUCUCUCUUCGUCCUCAUACUCCUCCAGCUCAGCUAGCAAUGAGAGUCUUGGAGAGAACGAUGACAGGACUAACCAGGCUCUGAGUAAUGUGACAACUGGAUCACAGCCCAAAGAGGUGAGCAAGAUUACUCAGAGGCGGGGCUCUGGUGGGUUAACAAAGCAAGGUAGCCACUUUAGAAGCAGACCAGUAAGCCUAUUUGUAGAUGUUUCUAAGGCCAACACUCUUCCUAGGGUUCGUGAGAACCCCUUGCCCCCAGAACCUAAGAGCCCUGGAGAGUAUGUAAGCAUUGAAUUUAAAGGGGAGCAGUACAGCCAGACUGGUGUAGGAGUUGGGCGAGGUAGAGGACUGAGACAUGGAUCAUUGCUGAAUCAUGGCUCAAGUCACCAGCAUUCUCAAAACAGACCAACUCCAUCUCUGGAAAGCUUUAUUCCCCUGUCUCAUAGUCCCUCUGCCCCUGUCUCUCCACCGACUCCAUCAGAGUACGUCAAUAUGGACCCUGGCCCUUCACCAUCCCUUUCACCCCAUUCCAAUACCCAGUUAGUUUUUCCACCUUUCCACACCCCUCCCACACCCCCAGUUCUUGCUCAUGCCCCUAAAACCUGUACAGAAGGUACUGAUAGUCUGUGUCAAGGAACUGUUGAAGUUGCUGAGCCACCUCUUCGUAAAAGCAGAGACAGUGUUCCCUUAGUGACUGAGACGGAGUCUCCUACAUCCUGUGGAGACUACACAGAGAUGGCUUUCAGCUUGAGCAACAAUACUGCCCCUCGGUCAUCACCAAGUGUCUCCCCCAAAGUCCCCUCUCCUACAAGAACUGAUACUUCUGUUUCAGUGCUCUCUCGGGGUCUAGACUUCCCUCUAGGCAAAUCAGGACUGAACCCAGACCAGGGUGCGAAAGUAAUCCGUGCUGAUCCCCAAGGACGCAGGCGCCAUUGCUCGGAAACCUUUGUGGCCACACCCUCCCUGUCCACCUCUGCUUCUACUUCUUCUUCUACUGCCUCCCUCUUUCCAGAGCACACCCAGGCUGUUUCCCGCCGCCUCGGCUUUGAAAGCAUGUUGUGGGGGAACGGUGCCGUCACUGAUCCUCCAACUCAAUUUCCACUCCCUGCACAGCAGUCACUUCCCACAAACAAUCAGACAUUAUCCACAGAGCAGGGUCUUAACUACAUAGACUUGGACUUGGUCAACAAAGAGAGUCCCCACGCUGGCCUGGAAGGUGCCACAGGAGGCCAGCCCCAAUCUCGGCUGUUCUCUGUUCUUGGUUCGGGCUCCGUGGCUGGGAGUAUGGGGGCAUCAGCUGGAGGGAGCAGCAGUUCAAGCCUCAACACGUACGCCAGCAUUGACUUCUACAAAUCCGAGGAGCUACGGACACAUCAGAACGGAAACAAAGAGGGAACAGGUAGGAAUUUUAACACUUACUGGCUGCGUGGCUGCGUGGCUCCACGGCUCGUAUUCCGGUUGCGUGAGCUGCCACUUGAGCUGCGGCGAGGCCGGGUGAACCAGACGGUGGGCGCUCGGGACGACAGGAGGUCAGAGUUGAUCCCGGGGCCGGCUGAAUUGCUGACAGAGCAGCGGGAACUCGGUCUCCCGCUGCUGGGGGUCAAAUUAUUCUCACGGGUGGGGCCGCCUUGA